AUGGCUGGACUUGGACGAUUGUGGUCAGCGCAGCUUCUGCCUUGCAGAUGCCCUGCAUCCCCUCUUGGAGCCGCUGUUCCACGCAGGGCAGAGGCCCGUCAAGGCGUCGAUGACUGUGCAAAGUCAACGCCAGUGUUUUGGGUCCCGAAUAACUCGCAGCUUUCGUCGAAUCUGUUGCGCGAGGCACACCGGCGAUGGAAAUCUCGGGUCGGAAAAUAUCUAUCUGAAGUCGAGAGAGCGCGGCCAGCAACAGUCCUGGGGCUGGCCCCAACCACGGGAAAGAGGGUUUUUCUGUCGGCCGACGGCAUGAAGCUAGGGAACCCAAACGCACGCUCAUCGUUCCAUGGCGAUGGUUCUCUAACUUGGUCUAUCCUGGUAGAUCCCGAGCACCGGCCAUCACUAGCAACUGUCUGGUUCGGUAGCACAAUAUCGGUCGCAAGGGUGACGUUCUUUGGUCCCGAUGCUGUCUAUCACCAGGCCUACGUGGGUGCAAGACCCAGGUUCAAUGUUGCCUCUCGACAAGAUGAAGACGGUCAAUUUCAAUCCACACCUCCCGGAUGCGAUCGUGGCCGUUAUAUCACCUUGGGAUGA